GCAAGAUCAUGGCGAUCAACAAGAAGCUGAAGCAGAACGGCAUGCCUUACAUCCCGGAGACCUUGAGUAGCGCUCUUCAUUACGACUUCGCAGCACGCGCCAAGUCUUGGUCGAUCGAAGUCGACUCGCUCGACUACGCCCGAAGACUCGACAAGGAUGAUCCCCUCAGAAACUUCAGAAAGCUCUUCUACUAUCCCAAGAAGAAAAGCUUCGUGGAAGGUUCCGAAACUGUUGAAGAUGAAAACGAAGAUUGUAUUUAUUUCUGCGGACAUUCGUUAGGAUUGCAAUUGAAAUCUAUAGAACACAACCUACAAAGUGUCCUUCAGAACUGGGCCGACAGAGCUGUAGAAAGCCAUUUCAAUGGUGACCUUCCGGCAGCAUUGUGUGAUAUACCUCUAAAAGAAAAUAUGGCUUACUUAGUAGGGGCAGAGCCUGAUGAAAUUGCCAUCAUGAAUGGUCUAACAGUUAAUAUUCACUUUAUGUUAAGUACUUUUUACCAACCCACAGAAGAGAGACAUAAAAUUUUGAUGGUGGACAAUGGUUUUCAUUCAGAUUUGUAUGCUGUACAGAGCCACAUCAAAUUUAGAGGCUAUGAUUAUCAAAAAAGCAUAGUCUUCUUGAAACCAAGACCGGGUGAGCAAUUGAUUAAUCCUAAGGAUAUAAUGAAUGUCAUCGAACAGCAAGGUAAAGAAAUAGCUUUGAUCUUCAUGGAAGGAGUACAUUUCUACACUGGGCAACUUUUCGACAUGAAGAACAUCACCAGAGCUGGGCAUAAACAAGGUUGCACUGUUGGUUUCGACCUGGCCCAUGCAGCAGGAAACGUUGAGUUGCACCUUCAUGACUGGGAUGUGGAUUUUGGUCUAUGGUGCACGUAUAAAUAUUUAAACUCCGGCGCUGGAAGCAUGGGAGCAAUCUUCGUUCACAGAAAGCACACUUCGGAAAAUAUCAUAUUGCCUGCGUUGCGUGGCUGGUGGGGUCUAUCUAAUGAAAAGAAAUUCGAUCUCUCUCGAACUUUUGAACCAGCACCUGGAGCGGACAGAUUUAAAGUCAGCAAUCCGUCCCCCUUUCUUGCAGCAAUGAUACUAGCCAAUUUAAAAGUAUUCAAAGAAGCAGGAGUAGAUCGAUUACUGGAGAAACAGAGACUUCUGUCGGGUUACUUGGAGUACUUACUGAUGAAGCAUUUCCCGCCCGUCGACGAGGAAGAAGCAAGGAGGCCCAAUAUCCAGAUCAUCACACCAAGCAAUCCUAAAAGGAGAGGUUGCCAGCUGAGCCUAAUGUCGUCGGUGCCGAUUGAAAUUAUUGAUGAUCAACUGAAAGCAAAAGGAAUUUUAUGCGAUGUCAGAAAGCCUUCUGUGUUAAGAGUUACACCGGUUCCAUUGUAUAAUUCAUAUAAAGAAGUGUACCAGUUUGUUCAUACGCUGAAAGAAAUAGUAUCUGAUUUGCCAUACAGAGAAGGCUCUACAAAAUGAAGUUCAUGGACAUUUCAUUGAAAUGGACCCCUGCAACUGAAACACCCAGAACUGAAGAUUUGCGAGUUAAACUUUUAAAUGUUGAGUACCAUUCUCACACACGAUGGCAGCAAUGAUGCAUAAAGAUCAACAAAUACUUUUAUGCAUCAUAUGCAUUCUGGCAUAAAGAUGAAUAUCUUUAUGCUGGAACACUGGAUUUGCAUAAAUAAAUGUUAUGCGCCAAACUUGGGAUGUGUUUCUUUUUGGCUUCCAAUAUAUAUGUACAUUUUGUAAAAAGUUCACAAAGUGAAUAAACGUUAGAUAUUGAAGACGUGAUCGAAAAGGAAGCCAAUACAUUGUUGAGCAUUCGGAGGCGAUCGUUUUCAACAAAUUUUCCUCCAGAAAUGAAAUUUCGUUUUCAUUAACAUCUUGAACGAUUUUUUUGCAAUGAAAGUAUAGAAAGUUGAUAUACGGUAGUAAAAUUUCCUGUAUUAUCAUUUGUAUUCUCUUCAUCAUUUUUUUUUUUUUAAUUCAUGAAACUAAGGUGCGCCGUCUUUUUCUUUUCAACACUCACCGACUCCGGAAGAUUGCAUUGCAAUCUUAUGUUGUUAUUAAAUCGACUGUUAUUCAGAAUCAGAUUAAAAUUCACGUUGCGAGUAGAACAAAAUAAAAAUAUCAAUAAAAUAAUAAAUAUCCUGUAAAAAAAGAGGAGGUAACAAAAGCAUUGAUUAUAAUUACAGCAAUAUGAAAAAACGUGCUCCUACCAGAAGAAAAAAAUUUCGAUUAAAAUACACAUUGAAAAUUAAUUUAAAAAAAAACGCUUCACGGUGCAAGGUUCCACCGGAAUCCAAACUAAUUAGUACCAAAUCUCACAGUUGUGGGAACUAACGGACAAAGCAAAAAAGUCGAUUUUUUUUGAAAAGUUAUUUUUUAACUCGAGGUCUCCAGUAAUGCUUUUUGGCUUCGUGCUUAAAUCCAGGUCAUCCAAGGACUUUCGAUCAAUUAGAAACACUUAAAUAUCUUCUGUUUUAAUUGGUUGAGAUAGUCGGAACUAACUUCAUCUUGUGCAGAAAUAAAAAGAGCUAUUUUGUGUGAUACAGAAAGUAAAGCAGUGCGGGAAUUAUUUGAAUUUUUUCACGCAAAUUUAUGCGAAAAUUAAGAUAAAAAAUAAAUUACAAAAAAAAAAAAAAAAAACAGUUCCAAAUUUUAAAAAAUACACUCCAAGGUACAAACCAUCGGGGUCAGCAGUAAUUUUGUACCAAAUUUCAAGUCUGUAAAUGUUAUGGGGUUUCCUGAACACGGAAAAGCCACAGACACUAUCUCACACUUUCUUUGACGGAACUUUUUUUAAAUGUACAGCGAAGAUAUACAAUAAAAAUAUUGUAAGAAAAUAAUUGGAAAAUUACAUUCACGAACUUACACAUUGUAUAAUAUUAAUUUUCCCGCUUCCAAAGUAUCUUUGAAAAUUACAGAAAAGUAACUGCUUUUAGCUAGAAUCGUUCCUUUUAUGAAUGAAAACAAAAUUUCAUUUUCGGAAAUCUGAUUUAAAGACUUGUGUUUUUAAAUUAUUUUUUAAAAAAAUUUUGUGAA